UUUCCGUCAUAUCCUCCUCACCGCGUUUUUCGAAGUAGAUGAUCAAGCAUCAAGUUUAUCUCUAUAACCAAUGAUAUUUAGCCUGAUUUUCACGCGUUCGUUAACAUUAUUAUUUAAAAAAACAUUAAAUAACUCGUUUGAAUCAACUUGAUUUGUCAGUGUUAUACCCUCUAUGGUCUGAUCUGCGACAACAUCAAGAAGCAGAAUAUGUAAACAGCGGUACUGGAAGCAGACUGAGAAGAUUUCAGUAACACGUUGAUCAGCAGCAGCAAUGUCUCUGAGUCUGACACCGGAGCAGCAGCGGAGGAUAGAAGAGAACAGAAAGCGAGCUCUGGCCAGAAGAGCUGAGAAACAGGCUCAACUUACCUCUGGAUCUGCCCAAACCCAGCACACACAGCCCAUCUCUGCAGAUCCAGGCCCAGCAAAGAAGUUUGCAUCUGAUCGGGCACAUCCAGGGGCACCUGAUCAUGCAGCACGACAGACUCAGCCCUUAAACUCUAAAGGUCCCUGUACCAAGACGACGCCUCCAACUUCCAACACUGCUUCUCCGACUUGCAGCUUUUAUGGACAGGCGGACAAACCGACAACAGGAGGAAAGCGAGCAUGUAAACUCCCAGAAGCAGGAGGAAAUAUCCCUACAAAGAAGCCGACGGUGUCCAUGAAAGGGAGAUGUGUGUCGCACACAGAGAACCGGUUUCGAGUGGAGAUCGGCUACCAUGCUGACCUCAUCACGGUAUUCAAAAGCAUUCCCUCCAAGAACUAUGAUCCUGCGACAAAAAUGUGGAACUUCAGCCUUGAGGACUACCAGAUGCUCAUGGAGCAGGCAGUGAGUAUCCCCUCCGUCUCUCUGAAACCUCUGGCUGGGAUGGAAGGGCUGAAUAUUUCAGCGUCCACCAGUCGCCCUAAAGAUGCGGCAGCUCUGGCAGCUCUGAUGCGACUCUGUCAGGGUUGGCAGAAACCAGGAGCCACGAUAAGGGGCAAGUGUGUUUUAGUGUCUCGCUCUCGGCUGGAAGUCGAUAUUGGAUACCAGGCUGAUGUUAUUGGGAUCUUCAAGCAAAUGCCGUCCAAAUGUUACGACAUGAAGAGCAGAAAGUGGACUUUCCUUCUGGAGGACUACGGACAGCUCAUGGUGGAUCUGAACGAGCUGUCUGCGGUGGAGAUUGAGCCGUUACCUCACGCUGUGCUCCAGUCCUUCUCCUCUCAGUUUGAGAAGAGCGAGUCCCAAGCUCCAGUCCUUCCUGAGGCCGAUCUCUCACACGUAGAUCAACAUCUCACACACAGCCUCAUGCCCUUCCAGAGAGACGGAGUCAACUUUGCAGUGUCCAGACAGGGCCGUUUGCUUCUGGCUGAUGACAUGGGCCUGGGGAAAACGAUCCAGGCCAUCUGCAUCGCUGCCUAUUACAGGAGUGAGUGGCCUCUGCUGGUGGUCGCCCCGUCCUCCGUGCGCUUCACAUGGGCUGAGGCUUUCCGCCGGUGGCUGCCAUCCGUGAGAGCCGACAGCAUUAAUGUGGUGGUUACUGGCAGAGACAGCCUGCGCUCCGGUCUCAUCAACAUCAUCAGCUACGACCUGCUCAACAAGAUGGACAAACAGCAGCCGUCCAGCCCUUUCAGUGUCAUCAUUAUGGACGAGUCUCACUUCCUGAAGAACAUGAAAACUGCUCGCUGUCGGGCGGCUCUUCCUCUGCUCAAGGCCGCUAAGAGAGUGAUCCUGCUUUCGGGAACGCCUGCCAUGUCCAGACCGGCCGAACUCUACACUCAGAUCCUGGCGGUCAGGCCUUCCCUGUUCCCACGCUUCCAUGACUUCGGCACACGCUACUGUGAUGCCAAACAGCUCCCGUGGGGUUGGGAUUACUCCGGCUCGUCUCAUCUGAGUGAACUCAAGCUUCUUCUGGAGGAGUCUCUGAUGCUCAGACGGCUCAAAUCAGAAGUGCUCUCUCAGCUCCCGGCCAAACAGCGGAAGGUGGUCACAGUGACCACAGACGGGGUCAACUCACGCACCAAAGCUGCUCUCAACGCCGCUGCCAAACAGCUCGCCAACGGAUGCCGCAACAAGUCACAAGAAAAGGAAGCGCUCCUGGUUUUCUUCAGCCACACAGCAGAGGCCAAGAUCAGAGCCAUCAUGGAGUACAUCUCAGACACGCUGGAGUGCGGACGAGAGAAGUUUCUGGUGUUUGCUCAUCACAAACUGGUUCUGGAUAGCAUAACCAAAGAACUCGGUGAGAAGGGAAUCGGUUACAUUCGUAUAGACGGAUCGACGCCGUCUGCGGAUCGACAGCAGUUGUGUACCAGAUUCCAGUCUUCACAGAAGAGCUGUGUGGCGGUUCUGUCCAUCACGGCCGCUAACAUGGGGAUCACGCUGCACUCGGCCGACCUCGUGGUGUUCGCUGAGCUCUUCUGGAACCCGGGAGUCCUGAUUCAGGCUGAGGACCGGGUGCACAGGAUCGGACAGACCAGUAAUGUGGACGUCCAUUACCUGGUGGCUAAAGGCACCGCGGACGAUCACCUUUGGCCCAUGAUUCAAAAGAAAAUGAAUGUUUUGGAGCAGGUCGGCCUGUCCGAAUCAAACAUUUCUGAGACGGCAGAAUCUGCCAGCUUCCACAGCAAGGACCCUCAGCAGCUGACCAUCACAGAAAUGUUUCAGCGGUCCUUCGAUGAGGAGGAGAUGCUCAGUUUCAUCGACCAAGAUCAGCUGGAGGCGGGCGUCUCGAGUGUGUCGGUCACAUCGGAUGACACCGCGUGACUCUCUGUCGUCUCAGGGGGGAUUUCUUCCUCAGCAGGUUCUGCAUGUGGAGAUCAACAGUAAUCUUGACUUUUUCAAAAUAUUUUCAUAUUACUGUUGUAAAUUAUGAUUAUACUGUAUAGUGAAUAUUUAAAAAUAAUUGUAACAAAUUUAAUUUUUCACUAAAAUCAACUUUCAAACAUUCAAACCCUGCCGCUUUUGACAUUUAAAAUCCUAGAGCUUUUAUUUUGGCGGAUUACUAGUGAAAUGCUGUAAACUUCUGUCCACACAAAUGUUACUGAAAGUAAAUAAAGUGAUCCUAGACAUGUACUGUGA